UUUGGCGCUUCGCGUCACGACAAACACGCACAGUUUGGGCCAUUCGAUCCCUUGACUUUCUCUUUGUAGCAUCGCUAUCAUGAUACCGUCUCGACUUGCUUCAUCUGCAGCUCGCCGUCUUUCUCAAUGGCGACCUUCGGUGUCGUCGACGGGAGGGAUGCGUUGUUUGUCGCUCUCCCCGCAAGCUUUGGAUACCUCCGUGUCGUCCGACGUGAUUAUAGAUCGAUACGUGGCGUCGCGUGUUGUUGCCGAAGAAAGUCCCCGCUUACCCAACGACUCGUACGAACGCAACGCUCUUUACGAAGCAGAGGAAGAGCGUUCUAUGGGUGGUGUUACGGCGAGUGUCCGCCAGAAUUGGACACGUGACGAAAUUGCCGAAAUAUUCCAUCAACCUUUCUACGAGCUCAUGUAUAAGGCUUCCACCGUCCACCGCAUGUACUGGGAUCCUUCGGAGGUCCAGCAGUGUACGUUACUUUCCAUCAAGACGGGCGGUUGUUCGGAAGAUUGCUCGUACUGCUCGCAGUCAACUCGCCACAAAACAUUCGUCAAGCCCACUCCUACUAUGAAGGUCCAGGAAGUCUUGGAGGCGGCCCAGCGUGCUAAGGAAGCGGGGUCGACCCGGUUCUGUAUGGGGGCGGCGUGGCGAGAACUUGGUAACAAGAAGAAUGCCUUCGGCCAUAUUCUUGAAAUGGUUCGUGGUGUCAACGGUAUGGGACUCGAGGUUUGCUGCACUCUCGGUAUGUUGAACGCGGAACAGGCGAAACAGCUCAAGGAGGCGGGUCUAUCAGCCUACAAUCACAACCUCGAUACAAGUCCCGAGCACUACCCCAAGGUCAUUUCUACCCGCAGCUACGAGGAUCGUCUCAAUACAAUCGCCAAUGUGCGUGAUGCUGGAAUCAGCGUCUGCUGUGGAGGUAUCUUGGGGUUGGGUGAAGAAGAAAAGGAUCGGGUCGGACUCCUUCACGUACUGGCGACUCUCCCGGAGCAUCCCGAAUCUGUUCCCAUUAAUGCUUUAGUAGCCGUUGAAGGCACACCUCUCGGUGACUCUGAGGAUAUAUCCCGUGUAGAUGCAUUCGCCAUGGCCCGUAUGAUCGCUACCGCACGUAUCGUAAUGCCACGCACCAUGGUCCGUCUUUCCGCUGGACGUCUGUCAUUCAGUGACGCCGAACAGUACCUCAUGUUCCAAGCCGGUGCUAAUUCAAUUUUCAACGGCGACAAGCUCUUGACGACAGCCAAUCCCGAGUUUGACCAAGACCAGGCACUUUUCCGAAAGUUUGGUUUCCAAGGAAAGCCGGCACACAAAGGUCCUCGGGUUGCUCCCGCUGAAGAACAGGGCAAAGUUGCUAUUACCAAGGUGCAGGGGACAAACAACGUCGAGCAGCAAUACGCGUAAACGAGGCCGUAUCCACAAAAUAUGUAAACACACAGCCGCAUGCAUUGGACAUCAUUUCUAGGUGUACAGUGCUGUUUGCCACUGUGGUACACAUCACGAUGAAAAUGUGAAUAAAUGAAACAAAAUUAAUCCUCUUAAUCAGUUGG